AUGAAAGCGCAGCUCAGCUGGGAGGCGGAUUCUGGCCCCUACUUCAUAAACUAUGGUUUCCAGGAAGGACAGGAGAGACCACCCCCCUUUAACCCUGCGGUGGGGUUGUACCCUUCCCUACCACACAAGGGCUCUCCUGACAUACCCCAGUAUGUCCCCCAAACUGUCCAUAGUCUCCAAUUCGACCCUACUCCCCAGCCCUUCACACCGGAGAAGCCAGCUGACACCACACCAGAGCCAGGUCCUGAGGUCAAAGCAACCCUCUCUCAAUACCCCUCCUCCUCAGUUUCCUCCAGGUGCAUGUUUGGGGUGCCCUGUGGUGAUGGUCGCUGCAUCAAGGCCUCCCAGUGGUGCGACGGGGUGAGCAACUGCGUGGCAGGGCAGGAUGAGUCCCAGUGUUUCCGACUCUAUGGCUCCAACUUUAUCCUGCAAGCGUACUCAAGUCAGAGCGCAUCAUGGAAGCCGGUGUGCUCCAAUGGAUGGGACGACGAUUACGGGAGGGUUACAUGCGCACAGAUCGGAUAUGACAGCGAGUUCUGUGUGUCUAACAGCAUUGUCACGCUGCGCUGCAUCGACUGUGGCACCAGGGUCACCUUUCCAGGGUCACGCAUUGUGGGUGGGAAGAUGGCUGCCCUGGGGACAUGGCCAUGGCAGGUCAGCCUGCAUGUUGGAACCCAGCACCUCUGUGGCGGGUCCAUCAUAACCCCCUACUGGAUAGUGACAGCAGCGCACUGUGUGGAAAGGUAUUCUUACCCGGACGAUUGGACAGUGUAUGGGGGAUACCUCGAUCAAUAUGAUAUGACCUGGAGUGCUGGCAAUGCUGUAUCUCUCAUCGUCUCCAAUGCCUACAACAGUGAAACGAAAAACAACGAUAUUGCACUCAUGAAACUGAAGGAGCCUCUUACAAUGUCAAAUUUUGUGAAACCGGUGUGUUUGCCAAACGUGGGUCUGAAUUUUGCCGCGCCCCGAAUGUGCUGGAUUUCAGGCUGGGGGGCCACAAGAAGUGGAGGGCCCUCCUCACGACACCUCAUGGAGGCCCAGGUGCCGCUGAUUGACAGGGCCACCUGCAAUAGCCUGUCGGUGUACAACGGAGAGAUCACGGACACUAUGAUAUGCGCCGGCAUUUUACAGGGUGGGGUGGAUUCCUGCCAGGGUGACAGUGGGGGUCCUCUGGUGACAGAGGAGGCUUCGGUAUGGUGGCUGGUAGGGGACACUAGCUGGGGUUAUGGCUGUGCCCAGAGGAACAAACCUGGUGUCUACGGCAAUGCCACAAGCUUCUUGAACUGGAUCUACAGACAAAUGCAGAAAUAUAAAUGAACAAACCAGAAGGACCGCUGUGAGUAUACAGACCAGAAGGAAACCCC